AUGGCUGCGCCCUGUGGAGAAUUCGUUAGAAUACGUUUGUACUUCGAAAAUAAAUCUUUUGAGAGGUCUUGGCUUCUUAUUGUUUUCAAAAAGCUUCCUUUCGUAUCGGACGUGAUUAAUGAAAUAAGGAAAAGAAAUGACAUUUGCAGAGAAAGUAGAAUUUCACUCCGGUUGAAAGAUCACGUUUUGCCUGGGAUAGAAGCCAGUUUUAUCCUUAAAGAAGACGACAUUGUCUGUGUCAGGGUUGAAAACUCAGAUUCAGCUGACAAUGACAUCCCGAUUGCAUCAAACAUUGAAGACACGAGAGAGAGAAAGAAGAAAAGAAAAAGAAAACAUAAUGAGAGCUUAGAAUUUGUCCAUGGUGACAUUAUCCCUCCAAAAGAACUUAAGCAAGACAAAAGAGUUGAUGAAUCUUCUACAGCUGAUAAAUCUGAUAAAACACCCAAAAAGAAACCCAUGUUAGAAGAUUUUCAGGAGCUUCACGAUCAAAACUGUAUUGAUGUGGGUAUAAAGGCAAUGGGAGAAAAAGAUAUUCCAAUGAAGAAGGAAACACCUAAAGCCAGUGAUGAUGAAGCUAAUGAAAGUGAACAUUCAGUCAAGAAAAGAAAACGAACAAGAAAACGAAAAAGGAAAAGCAAAAAGCCUGCAUUAGAUGAGUCUGGCAACUGCCAUGAUGGACCAGCUUUUGGAAAGGACAUUUCACACUGUUAUGUUGGUAAUGAAGUGAAAAAAGAAGAUUUGUUUUAUGGCAAAUUACCAGAUAAGCUUGAAAAUCCCAAGAACUAUAGAAAAGGUUAUCGUAAUCUAAAGCAGUACAAUGCUCUUCCAAAUGUUCAUAAAACAUUUGACUCAGAUUCUGAAGUUGAAGAAGAAAACAUGGAGCAAUACAACUUCCUUAGCAAAGCAAACUCCGGUGAUGCGAUAAAAACAGCUGAUGAACAAGCAAACUGGGUUGAGAAAAAUGUUAUCUCAAGUUUUGUUACACCAAAUAACAACUCAAACAACACACAAAAUGAUUCAGUGCAUAAUAUCAGUGCUAACACAGAGCCAUGGCAUUAUACAAAUAUGAAUAGUCGUGCACUUUAUGACAGUGUAAAGAAAACACCUGACCAACCUGAAAAUGACAAUUUUACGAGUCAACUUACAUCACCCCCUGAAAGCAGCAUCAGUCCAGCUGGUCCAACGAUACUGACUAAGGUCACACUGACCAGUGGUGCCUCUGUGUUUAAAAGAGUACGGACACCAGUACGAUCAAAGCCAGUCAGUAAGGUGUGGGAAAUGUCCAAGGACGAGCAGAUCAACACCAUAGCAACCAAUCAUUCUACCAUUUUCCAGAAUUCGCCUGCAACAUUUUCUACAAGUUUGAAAGCUGAGACAAUAACUCCUACUCGUAAGGAACCAGAUGGCCCAGUGACCAAUCCAGCUCAGAGUGGAUACAAUGGCCAGUCUGUAGGUCCUGGUGGCAUUGAUUUACAAGGCAUACCAAGUGGUCUUAGUGGAGUGCAAGAUGGACUCUUGAAUGAUCUGAGUGACCAAGUUUUGUCAAAAUUGCCCCCAGUAGUUGGAAUGCCAGAUGUUGGGGAUAAAAUUGCGUACAAGAUUCUAGAGAUGUCCGCUAACUGUACACCAGAAGUAUCAGAGUACAAGGUUGGAGAGGUAUCCAGAGUGGACGCAGGCCAGAUGCUGGAGAUACACAACAUCACACAACAGACAGACGUUGUUCCGAACAAGUUCCAUGUGGAGAUGGAAUAUGAAGAUGAGAUUCUCACAAAUUCUGCCCAACCCCCUGAUGUGGCCUACCUACACCUGAGUUCCCUGCUAGACCCUCGACUGGUUCACAAGGCGGAACAAGCAUAAUACAUCACAUACAUCACAUACAUCACAUACAUGGGAUUGGGAGAUAAAUGAUCAAUCACAAUGAAAAUUAGAUGACAUUUAUUUUUGAAUUAAAUCACAGUUCAAUGCUCUUUUGUGCUUUUGGAUAAUGAAACUGUGUGUGUAUUGGUUGAUGAAUUGCUGUAUAGGAAAUAAACAAUGUACAAUGUAGUUGUUUUGUU